GUUUGCAUAAAAAGCGCCAUCUGGACAAUCGAUCACAAUCUUCUUCCGUGAUUCACGUGUAAGAAAGAGGUUGAAAAAAAUAACAAUGGCGGACGCUGCUCCAGCCACACGUGGAGGUUUUCGUGGAGGUUUUGGCUCUCGUGGAGCAGGAGGCGAUCGGGGAGGCCUCAGAGGCCGUGGUCGUGGCAGAGGCAGAGGACGUGGACGUGGACGUGGGAAAGAAGAUAGCAAGGAAUGGGUCCCUGUCACGAAGCUUGGUCGUCUGGUCAGAGAUGGCAAAAUCCAAUCACUUGAGCACAUCUAUCUAUUCUCCUUACCCAUCAAGGAGUAUGAAAUCAUUGACAAGUUUCUCGGUCCAGAUCUGAAGGAUGAAGUUCUGAAAAUCAUGCCUGUACAGAAGCAGACUCGAGCCGGUCAACGCACGCGUUUCAAGGCUUUUGUUGCCAUCGGAGACAGCAAUGGACACAUUGGAUUGGGAGUGAAGUGUUCCAAGGAAGUAGCCACUGCCAUUCGUGGUGCUAUUAUUCUCGCUAAGCUCUCGGUCGUCCCGGUUCGUCGCGGUUACUGGGGCAACAAGAUUGGCAAGCCGCAUACCGUACCAUGCAAAGUAACUGGCAAGUGCGGUUCCGUGCAAGUGCGUCUGAUACCUGCGCCCAGAGGUACUGGUAUCGUGUCUGCUCCAGUUCCCAAAAAGCUGCUUCAAAUGGCGGGUAUCGAGGAUUGCUACACCUCAGCCAGAGGAUCCACCUGCACACUCGGCAACUUCGCCAAGGCCACUUAUGCCGCGAUCGCCAAAACUUACGCGUAUCUGACGCCCGACUUAUGGAAGGAACAAGCUUUGGCUAAAGCACCGUAUCAAGAAUUUGCUGAUUUUCUGUCAAAGACUCACAAAGGUGGUGUGAGAGCUGCUGAAGUUGUUUAAAUAAACAUCCAAUCUCCAUGGAAUGUCUUUGAAAAAA